UAGACGCUCAUUGAAGUUGGCGUUGACGCGGUAGAAACUUGGAGAAAGUCAACACAAGUGGUUUUGCGGGCAACCGCUGACUUUCGGCCUGAAGGACUGCUUGAUAUCUGUGGCGCUGUCGGCGAAGAAGCCAGGCCGAGUGUCUUUGGACUAAAGUGAACGUCGUGUGGAAGGUUCCGACUUGUCGCGACAUCGGUACCUACCGACACCGACACCGACCCGGAGACGAGACAUGGCCGAGGCUCGGUCGGAGGAAGAGGAGGAAAACCUGAGGAGGAAUGCUGGAGAACGUGUGCUCCGACGCCAGUCCAACAGCGCCGAAGGUCAUCCUGACAGGAGGAAACCAGAGAAUCGUCUGAGUCAAGGUCCACUGUGGUCCCUGAAAGCAGCCCUCAGGAGAACCACCAACAGGCCCACGUCUUUGUCCGAGGCACCGCGAGACAGCUUCCGUGACGGAGGCAGGAGGGGCUCUAGUGCCAGACGACCAGAGAUCACCAUCCUGUCAGUUGAACCGCUCCCUUCCACUUCCUGGUUGCCCGGAGCAUUCCCGCCGCCUCCUCCUCCGGCUGCACAAAUCUGGGGUCCGACAAUUCCACCAUCCGUUCAGCCUCCGCCGUCCUAUGACGAGGUGAUCCGCGAGAAGACACAGGAGCAGGGUGUGCACACGUCUUCACCCUCCCCGCCUUUGACUCAUCCAGCCUUUAGGACCACCAUCUCCACCCAGACGGACACCGGAUCGUCUCCUCGCAGUCAGGAGUCUUUAGCGGGUCGUGCCAAGCCGCCACGGCCGCCACUCCCCUGUGCUGUGUCUCAGGAUGAUGCUGGCUCACCUUUGACUCCGACUUCUGAAGGUGGCCAGCAGCUGCCCGCAUUUGAUGAAGCAACGCCCAGUACCACGUCCCAUACAAACGAACUAGGUCACCCUAGGCCACGCCCCCGAUCCAGGCGCUCUGUGCCCUCCGUCAGCAACGAGGUCAAGGUUCAGACUUUAGUCAAACUGCGCGAGGACGGUUUGGCCACGCUAGCCGCCCGUGCUAACGCUGACAUCAGCAAAAAGGAAGUGAUUCAGGGUAAAUACUUUCAAGAGCUGCUGGAGGCCUUCAGUGCUGACGACUGGGGCUUCCCUGAGGGGGCAGGUGACGACAGCGGCCUCAGCCAAUCAGAGGAAGAGGAGGACAUGGCGACCCUCAAGGCUAGGAUCCAGGCAUUUGAGCCGCAGGAGCAACAGGGGGGGCAUAAUGACGAGAAGGUUGGCAAAAAUAAACCUGAACCAAGACCACGCCCUCGACUCCAAAGGCAACCUGCCAAAGUACUUCCUCCAACCAUUGCCACCAAACCCAAAAGCCUCUCACGUGUCCCCCGGGAACUUAACACUCUGACAACUGAAGCCGCGCUUGAAGAAUUGAAUGCCCAACCAGUACCAGAGUCCCUCCCACCUUCCCCUGCACCCAUUCCAACCCCCAGGCUACCAUCGACAAAACCACCCCCCUCCGCUAAUGAGACUGCAUCCACAGACAAGUCUCCGUCCAGACCCCCGGUCGCCCCUCGGACCAUAGCUUCACCCAAUGAUAAAGCCCCCGUGGGUGGAAACGUGACCCCAACACGGCCCCCGAGACCCUCCACGCAGAUCAAGAGGGAGGCUCAGACAACAAGCACUAUGCAGCUAACAGAUACCACUACAGAACACACUCUGGUCCUCUCCACAGCUCCAGCCCUUGGCAAAGCGCGGCCACUUGCCCCGACAAAGGGUGAAAGUAUCUCCCAGCCUUCCCUACCUUCUCGGCCUUCAAGUGUGAGGUCCCUCCCCGUCAGGCCAUCGUCCAUCAAAUCUGUGCCCGCCCGACCGCCUCCUCCCACCAGCGUCUCGUGUGUCAUCCAGCCUCCACAGAUGCCAUCCAAUCAGGCGCAGUGUCAAAGGGCGUCAAAGAGAGGGCCGCCUCUGCCACCCCGCCCUCACCCUGGACACCCUGUCUUUACCAGCUACAUGACAGCAACACACUCAAAGGAUACAGAUGACAAACAUGUGUCCAAAGUGCUCCACUGUCAAACUGGCAUGUCUCACAAACAGGACGUCCUCAUUGUCUUGGACGACCCUUCGCAGCCACAAUGUUUCAUGGACCUGCAUGUGGUCCCCCCGCCCUCAAAACCCAGUUUGGAGGUUGUCAAACAGUCAGAGUUGCAAACUAUACAGAAACAUCCAGAACCGCCUCCCACCAGUGGACCUCGCUGCGUUGCCCUGUUCAACUUCGACGGAACGCAAGAUGAUGAGCUCACCUUCUCCCAGGGUGACGUCAUCGGUCUCUUGGAGCUCAUAGGGACAGAUUGGGGGCGGGGCCACCUAGCCGGGCGUGUUGGGCUCUUCCCUCUGAGCUUCACCCAAAUCACACAGCCUCUCCCACCGGAGGGCACAGAAAAGGCCUCAUUGAUCAUGCGUGACGUGGUGAUAGGAAGUCCUGCAGCUCCGCAGUCUCUAAAAGACGCACAGGUGGAGGAGUGGGCGGUGGCACUGUUUGAUUUCCCCGCUCAGACCGCAGAGGAUCUCUCCUUCCAAAAAGGGGCAAUCAUCCAGGUGACCGAGCAUAUCGACUCAAAGUGGAGGAAGGGCAGACUGGACGGCAUGGAGGGUCUUUAUCCCGCCGCCUUUACCAAGGCCUGCCAAACUCCGCCAGUUUCAGGGAGGGGCAUGGCCACAGUUCUGUUUGGGUUCACAGCCAAGACAGUGGAUGAGCUCACAGUGAAGGCUGGUGACAUCAUCACGCUGGUGGAGCCUGUGGACGAGCAAUGGAUUGUGGGAGUUGUGGGAAGUCAACGUGGAAUGGUGCCCAAAAACUAUGUUUGUCUUCUUUGAUCAGCUAAAGUGGAACUAGUUGGGGUCAUCCACAUGUGAGUGAAGUCCACAAUAUUUCUCUCCCUUUUGUUAAAACUAAAACACGCUUUCUUGAAUCCAUGACCCUGAGCUAAAUGUUGCCGUUAUUAUGGUGACAACGACUUUUUAGGUUGAAGAUCAUGUUCUUGUUGGGGUCCAAUGAGUGUCCAACAAGUUGAUGUUUAGAAUACACUUUGGUUUGUGGAAAUUCAAGGUUCUUUUCUGUGUGUCGUCAUGUUAAGGCACGGUAGCCUGCGUUGUCAGGCCAACAUGUGGUUCACAAGGCGUCGCGAUGUUAGCGUUAAGAU